AUUUUCAUUGGUGUAACAUCUAUGCGCCUGGUCAGUUCCACAAAUAACUAGGUGUUCGAUUCUGCCAAAUUGUGGCUCCACACUCUAGAGCCACCCCACGAUUCCAUUCCACCUCCUAUUCCUCUUCUUGUUCCUUGUUCCUCCUCCAUUUCGCUGCAAUCUUGGUCUUUUGUGUUUUUUCUUUUCAAUUUCGGUGCAAACUGGCUAUGGACUAUGAACCCUACGACAGUAGCGGAACUGAUGACGAUCUUCCACCAACACAUCAAAAUAGAAUCCCCAGAGGGGCAUGUCUUGCUGGAAAUGGAAGAUCUGCCGCAGGUUCAAUUCAAUACCCAAGAAGGAUGUAUAGUGAAAUUGAUAUGGAAACUCAAAUUCACCAACUUGAGCAGGAAGCAUACAGUUCAGUUCUACGAGCCUUUAAAGCUCAAGCUGAUGCCAUUACUUGGGAGAAGGAAAGUUUGAUUACAGAACUUAGAAAAGAACUAAGAUUAUCAAAUGAGGAACACAGAGAACUUCUAGGUCUUGUUAAUGCAGAUGAUGUUAUACAAAGUAUAAGGGAGUGGAGACAAGCAGGAGGCCAUCAGCUUGGUGUGCUCAGUACAGGGCAAGCUAUUCACGAUUCAAUUCCAAGUCCUACUAUCUCUGCAUCUCGUAAGAAGCAGAAGAUAACACCCUCUGUACCAUCACAAUCUUUUGAUGGGCCUUCUCCAUUUCUCCCCCAACUCAUGGCUGCACCCCACCAGCCAUCUUUGGUGGCAAAACGAGGAUCAGUUUCUGGAUCUAAGGGCAAGAAGCACAAACCUGGUCAAUUAUUACCUGGUGUAUCUUCUAUAAAACAAUAUCCUUCAACAGGACUAGGUGGAAGGAAUCAAGUACCUAAUAGAGUUACUUCUGGUACCGCCACUGAUGGAACAUUACUGGAUUCACUGGUUGGCAGGAGAAUACGGACAAGAUGGCCUGAUGACAACAACUUUUAUGAAGCUCUUAUCAUCAGCUACAAUCCAGUUGAUGGUCAACAUGGUUUGGUGUAUGAUAUAGGGACUACAAAUGAAACAUGGGAAUCAGUUGAUCUGUCAGAGAUCUCGCCUGAAGAUAUUCAGUGGCUAGGUGAGGAUCCUGGAAUAAAUUAUCGUCAGGGUUUUGGUGGAUCUGCUAAUGGGAUGAGUAGGUCUAUAGGACGUGACAGUGUUCCAGGAGCUGGAAGACGUAGGGGAACCACAAUGGGGCAAUCCAGAAUAGAUUUCUUACCAUCACAGAAUGGAAUAGGAAUGAAGACUCAAGAUGAUAUACAAAUACUUCACACUGACACACUAGUCAAGGAGGUGGAGAGGGUAUUCAAUGCAAAUCAUCCUGAUGCACUUGAAAUUGAGAAAGUCAAGAAAGUAUUGAAGGAUCACGAGGAAGCUCUUAUUGAUGCAAUCGCAAGACUUGCAGAUCUUUCUGAUGGAGAAAGUGAUGAAGGUGGCCACCAUUUCUCACAUGCUCAAUCAAUGGAUCGAUGAAGUGGAAACCAGCUUUUUACAAUGGCCAGUUGAGGCAUUAUGGUGGCAAGCACGUGGAGAAGACUCAAUUUCUCGUGUUAUUAUGCCAUAAAAUAUAAUUUCCCUGACAGAUGAGCUCCAGGCUUGGAUCUUGUGCACCUAUCAUUUAAAUUUAUGUAGGAUGACAAUUAGGUAGUUUAUCAAUGUUUAUUCAUAUCAAUUGAGUGACUCUCGUAGCUUAUCUAAGUGAUUAGAGUUCAAAUUUUGACUCUUGCGGAUGCAGAAAACUCAGGUUGAAAAGUGAUCACCUACUUGGUGCCUGUCAAACUGUUGAAAGAUAUUAGUUCGUCUGUUCAACGGGAGAUACACUUUAGUUGUCAAACUCCAAAAGGAGAUUAGUUUUCAUAUUCAACUGGAGAUAUUCUUGGGAAUGAAAAAAUAAUGUUUAUUCAUUGUGGUUUUAAGAUGCAGACAAUACCAGAUGAUCAUUCAUCAUUGUACACAGCAUGAAAUAGUGUAUAAAUUCUUGUAUUUGUCG